AUGGGUAAAAAGGACAAGACAGCGAAGGGGGGCAAGGAGGAGGAGACAGCCGCCCCGGAGGCCGCCGACGCUGUGCCCUAUGCGACACGGGUCAAGUUCUGCAGCGUCAUCGCCAGGCCCUUGGCAGAUGAGAAGCUCAGCAAGAAGGUGUUGAAGCUGGCCAAGAAGGCGGCCAAGCGCAAGCAGCUGAAGCGCGGCGUGAAAGAGGUGGUCAAGGCCAUCCGCAAGAACGUCAAAGGCCUGUGCAUUAUGGCGGGAGACAUCUCCCCCAUUGAUGUCAUCACCCACAUCCCUGUGGUCUGCGAGGACAGCAAGAUCCCAUACAUCUACGUGCCGUCUAAGGAGGAGCUUGGCGCCGCCGCACUCAGCAAGCGGCCCACCAGCUGCAUGCUCAUCCUGCCCAAGCCGCCAAAGGCGGGUUCCGCCGACGCAGCUGAGACGGCGGAGUUUGAUGAGGCGUAUGCAGAGGUCGAGAAGAAGCUCAAGGCGGCGGAGGGCACGUGA